AUGGAACUGUUUGGGCAGUGGGAAGAUCUGCCUAUGGAUGCGAGAGCGUCUAAGGCCCCGCUUCCUCACGAAGAAUUUGACAACUACUUUGAAGCCUACAAUGAGAUCGACAACCUAUUUAACGAGACUUUGACCGGACUUCAAGACUUGGAUGUUCCAUCAGGAUUUAUGAAUAACAAUACUCGCAAAACACAUCAGGCGAAGCACAGCCGCCAGCUUAGUGGAACUGCCAUCUUUGGGUUUGCUGAACAUACCAGAGAGCUUUCGUUAGGAGGUGGUAUACUUGGUGACCUUCAUCGUCCUAAACCUUCAACUGAUAUAAGCAAGUACAUUUCUCCCGGCGAGAUUUUGAACUUACACCAGCGAGCUGGAGAAUCGCUGCCAAACCUGGCAAAACCAAUUCAUUUGGCAGAGCAAGAUGAGAUUGAAUUUGAAAACCAAAACCAAAAGGAACUGGAAAAGAACAAGGAGAAACUGGAUUACCUUGUGACGAACAACAAUCCAAAGUCUUACAAGUUUCCACCAUCACCACCUGCAGAUACUCAAGCUCCAGUCUGCAGCAGCACUCCUUCCAUGAACAGGUUCUCUGCCAAAUACUUGCAGGAAAUCAACAGCAAAGAUGAUGGUUCAAAGCAGCAAUAUGUCGAUGAUAUCGAGCCAUUACUCUAUGAGGCAAACUUUGAGGACCCUUCUCCUUCUGAAAAUGCUUCUCCUUCAUACCAAUACAACCAUAGAUCACUGAGGAGUCCAGAGCCUGUUUAUAAAUACGUUCCAAUCCCAGCGCAACAACCUCAAGGCGCCAUUUUCAGACCUCAGCAGAUUGCCUUGAACAAGAAUCAGAACUCAAUUUUACCUCCUCCUUCACCACCCACCUUAUCCAAUGGUUCACCAGAUUGGCAAUCUUCGCCGGAACCGCAAUCACCCUCACCUUCGAGGUCUUAUAUGGCACCAGGAGGAAACAGUUUGUUUUCUUCACCAGUCCACCAGCAAUUGGGUCCCCAGCGUCAACUUUACCAGCCACAAUUUUUCUCAGACAAUGACUUGUUGUAUCAAGAAGACAAGCAAAACUACAGCUCUCCUUAUGCCAACCAGGUUGCCCAUGCGUUCAACUCGUCUCCAUUAAGGAACAACAUGACAAACAAUAUGUCAAACAAUAUGACUCCCACAAGACAUAUGGCUGCAAAUGAUGACACUAUCGACGCAAACGUAACCAUAUCUCAACUCACUCCCCUCAAAAGCCAGUUCCCAAUGACUCCAAGAAAGAAAGAUAGAGUUGGACUAGAAUGGAGUCCUGUUAUUUCACCCCAUCCUCGAGUAAAUACAACUCAAGGUGUUAGAGAUGCAAUCCAACAAUCGUCACCCAAAAAGAGAGUUGCGAAAACUUCCUUGUUACCUCCAGGAGAGCUCGACCAGUAUUGGGUAGGCCCAGAUGAGGAUAAACAAUUCACUUGUACUUACCAGGAUUGUGGAAAGAAAUUUACCAGAAGAUAUAAUGUUCGAUCUCAUAUUCAAACCCAUUUGAGCGACCGACCUUUUGCAUGUGCCUACUGUCCCAAAAAGUUUGUAAGACAGCACGAUUUGAAUCGUCAUGUUAAAGCACACCUUGAAAAUAGACAUUGCAAGUGUCCUUGCGGUAAAGUGUUUUCUCGACUAGAUGCUAUGAGGAAACACCAGGCUCGAAAUAUAUGCUCUGGUGGAGUUUACAGUGAUGACAAUCACCAUAUUCUGAAACCGAAGAUUCACGGUCGCCCCGAGGUGCUCGAUGUACUUACGUCGGAUCGUUUAACUGAGGAGAUCAAUUCAGCUCUUAAGCAAGACUACGCUUAG